AUCGAAAUCGAAAGAGGGUUUUUGGUUUGCCGGAGAGAAGGUGCUGCCUCGCAUUCACAGUCACGGUUUCUUCCCUCUCGUCUUCGUCGCCGUCGGAAAGAAUCGUCACAGAAACGUUUAAGCUGAGUAUGGGAAGAGAUAAAGAGGAUGCGGCGGAGAGAGAGAUUGAUUCUGUUGUUCCAUGGAUGAGAGCUCCGAUUGACGUCAGCAAUGUCGAAACCUGUGCUCUCGAAAGCCUCCCUUGUCUUAAUCCCAGGUUGAAGAAGGCAUUGGAGGAAAUGGGUAUCUCUUCACUAUUUCCAGUGCAAGUUUCAGUUUGGCAUGAGACAAUAGGGCCAGGUGGUUUCGAAAGAGACAUCUGUGUUAACUCUCCAACAGGAAGUGGAAAGACUCUCUCUUAUGCUUUACCAAUUGUGCAGAUCCUUGCUUCUCGUCCUGUCAGAUGCCUCCGUGCUUUAGUCGUAUUGCCCACUCGUGAUUUAGCCUUGCAGGUUAAGGAUGUGUUUGAUGCUAUAGCUCCAGCUGUGGGAUUAUCUGUUGGUUCAGCUGUGGGUCAAUCUUCUAUAGCUGGUGAAAUCUCACAGCUCAUCAAGACACCUGAACUUGAUGCGGGGAUUUGCUAUGAUCCUGACGAUCUUUCCCAAAACCUCGAGAGUGCUGUCGACAUAUUAGUAGCAACACCAGGAAGACUGAUGGAUCAUAUCAACAACACCAAGGGAUUUACGCUUGAGCAUUUGCGUUACCUUGUUGUUGAUGAAACCGACAGAUUACUAAGGGAGGCUUAUCAAUCCUGGCUACCGACUGUUCUGCAACUGACUCAGUCCUCUGAUGAUGGCAUAUUUCCUACAGCGUUUAUUCCUUCCGCUUUUGGUGCUCUGCGGACUGUUCGUAGACAAAGUGUAGAGAGGGGUUUCAAGGGUAAACCAUACCCAAGGCUGGUGAAGAUGGUAUUAUCAGCUACAUUGACGCAGGAUCCAAGCAAGCUAAUUCAGCUUGACCUGCAUCACCCAUUAUUCAUGACAACUGGAGGAAGCCGAUACAGACUACCCGAGAAGUUGGAAUGCCUUAGACUGAUUUGCGAGGCCGGGAUGAAGCCUGUAUAUUUAGUUGCUCUCCUAAAAUCAUGGGAAGGUGAAAAGUGUAUCAUUUUCACAUCCUCCGUAGAGACAACUCGUCGUCUAUGCAAGUUACUCAACUUUUUCGGUGAUGCAAAAAUAAAAGCAAAAGAGUAUUCCGGUGGUCUUAACCAAUCAGUCCGAAGCAAAGAAUUAAAGGCCUUUAGAAAAGGUGAUAUCCAAGUUCUUGUUGCAUCUGAUGCGUUAACACGUGGAAUGGAUGUUAAAGGGGUAACAAAUGUCAUAAAUUAUGAUAUGCCUCCAUUUGCAAAGACUUUCAUACAUCGUGCUGGACGGACAGCUAGAGCAGGUCAGGCUGGCCGGUGCUUCACAUUGCUGAGUAAUCAUGAGGUAAGGCGUUUUUCGAAGCUCCUGAAGAAAGUUGGGAGUGAUUCAUGUCCUAUCUACCCAAUCCCGCCCACUUCAUUAGGUUCCAUUCGUGCGACUUACACACCCGCACUAGAGAAGCUCAAGGAGUUGGUUGAGUCAGAAGCACCUAAGAAAGGAAGACAAGCUUUCAGGCACAAUUCAAGAACCGGGAACUCCCAAACCAAAGUCAACAAAACGACAACGGAAACAUAGGUGUGACGUGUGUGUUUUGGUCAAGUACUCGAACGGGUCGUGUGGGUUCCCGUAGUAUUUGGAUACGAGGUUGUAUUAAUUCUUGAAAACUGAUUUUUUCUAUUAAUUAUUUUAAUUUUAUAAUUCAAAUUGCGCUUCGUAUAA